CCCAUCACACUUCCUGCUUUGUUUGAGAGGGAGCGAAUUGACGAACUGAAUAGGCUAGCUGUGGAGUUUAGAACAUACGAAUGUGGGCUGGGAAGUUUAGAACAUACUAAGACUGUGCUGGUUUUGAGUGGUUGUGAUUCACUCCCAAUCAGUGACAACAGACAGGAUAAGGAGACAGGUCAAGUUAGGUUAAAUGACUGCAAGUUAGCAUUUGCUGAUUCAAUUUAGCACUUAGCAAGUUCUGGUCACUACAGGAUCCUGUUUUGAAACUGGAUGUAAAGGGUCAAGCAUGGAUGUUGCUGUCGCAGAGGAACCCCUGAGGAAAAUUUUCAGAGCAAAAAAGACUAUGAAAGUCAGCGAUCGACGGCAACUGGAAUCCCUUCACACCACUCUUUCCUCUCCAUGUUCUUUCCCAUCCCCACCUCAGCCAGCAAUGGUAAAUGGGAAGCACUGUGAAGAUGUGUCUAUGGAAGUAGAUAAAGAAAUACAUGGAACUACACAUACCACCACUCAAGCCCCUUCCUUCCUGACGGCCACAUCCCUAACCACUGAGACCUCUGAGGAACCAACAGCCUCUGAAUUACUGGUUUCUUCAUCACAGAACAUACACUCUGAUGUAAAAGAUUUUCAGGAAGAAGGAGAGGGGGACAAGGAGUCUACAUUACCCAGCCUUGAGGUAGAAGACAAAAUGAAUGGACUGAUUAAAGUGGAUAAAAAUUCCAAGGAGGAUGUUAUCGUUUCCUCUCCUGUGAGUUCAGAGAAAACAGAAGCAGUAAGAGAGAGACAGGUUGAUGGUAUGGAGGUAGACCUGGUACCAGGUACCACUCAGGACACAGUGCCCAUAUUGAACCCUGCCGCCUCCCUCCUCCUGUCCUCCAACACGGCUAUAGAGUCUGUCUCUUCCCCUUCACUCUCCCCAUCAUACACGGCAGAGUCAGACCAGGAGGUCAGGCCAGGGUUCCUGGUGCUUAGUGAGGAUGAUGAUGAUGUCCAGGAUGAGAGCGAUGAGGAAAAAGAGAAGAAAGAGGAGGAACAGAGGGAAAGUGAAGGAGGGGUAGAAAAAGUUGAGGUUAACAUGGAGAAGCCAGAACAAUUUGAAAGUGGUGCUCCAGUUGACUGUCCGUCCCCUUCAUCACCAACGCCCCUUCAGAUUGAUGAAGAAGAGGAGGGUGCUGCUCUACAGAAGAAACGAUCCUUGUCUGGAGACUCGGAGGAUGGUGGUCAAAAGCAGGGAGAAAGAGACUUGGAAGUGGCGGAGAGGCAUCAUAAGAGGCCCAGAGUAGACUGUGAAGAGCUGGAGGCUCAUGUGGAGCUGAAGAUCAGUGGGAGUGCUGAAAGGCAACACAAGCUAAAGAAGCUGGUGCAGCAGCUUGUUGAGGAGAAGUUGUGUGUUCUGCAGCUCACACUAUUUGACAAGAGUCUUCAGGGGCUCAGAGACAGACUGGACAAAAUAGAAAAACACCCGAGUGCACUCAAGCGCCUGCAGGCAAAGAUUGGCCGACUUUCUAAGAAAGUUCGAACUGCCAACCAGGCCAGGGAGAAUGCCAAGAAUCAUCCAGAAGUACUGUUGCCACCUACCUCUACUUCUGCCACAGCAACCACCCCAGCAGGAUCAGCAGUUCUCGGCCUGAGAACAAUGGGGAACAACACACCGGAUCCAAAGCGUAAUGAUCAGAGCAGUCAAACCCCUACUCCUGUACGUAAUGAUCAGGACUGUCAAACCCCUACUCCUGUACGUAAUGAUCAGGACUGUCAAACCCCUACUCCUGUACGUACUGAUCAGGGCUGUCAAACCCCUACUCCUGUACCCACAGCCCCUUUGCUACCUUCCCCCUCUUCCACAGCCUCAGCCGGAUCUCAACCCACAUCCCAAACCUUGAUGCUGAGCACCUGUGUUACCCCAGCACCAGGCCCGUCCGCCUUCCCUCUCCAGUCAUUCAUCAUACAGCUGCCUGGUGGAGGGACAGCCAUCCUUACCAACCCAACCAACUCCCAGCUAAUCCCAGUGUGCGCACUUCCCGCCAUGACGAGUUCCACCGUGACACCCACCACUGCCUUCCUCCUGCAAAGGACUACUCCUUACACCCCUGCUGCUCCCAAGUCCCCCUCUGCCCUCUUAUCUCAUUUCGCUGCCACAACCACAACCACGACUACACCCACUGACUCACCAGCUGCCACAACGUCCCACAUAACCACACCCUGGGCCACAACCAUAACCACGCCCAGGGCCACAACCAUAACCAGGGCCACAACCACAACCACGCCCAGGGCCACAACCACGCCCAGGGCCACAACCACAACCACGCCCAGGGCCACAACCAUAACCACGCCCAGGGCCACAACCAUAACCACGCCCAGGGCCACAACCAUAACCACGCCCAGGGCCACAACCAUAACCACGCCCAGGGCCACAACCAUAACCACGCCCAGGGCCACAACCAUAACCACGCCCAGGGCCACAACCAUAACCACGCCCAGGGCCACAACCAUAACCAUGCCCAGGGCCACAACCAUAACCACGCCCAGGGCCACAACCAUAACCACGCCCAGGGCCACAACCAUAACCACGCCCAGGGCCACAACCAUAACCACGCCCAGGGCCACAACCAUGCCCAGGGCCACAACCAUAACCACGCCCACGCCCAGGGCCACAACCAUAACCACAACAACACCCUGGGCCAUACCUAUGGCGACACAUACAGCCACACCCAGGGCCACACCCAUAACCACACCCAGAACCACAACCAUAACCACACCCACACACAGGGCCACAACCAUAACCACACUCUGUGCCACACCCAAUGUCUCCCACUCUGGAGCCACUGGGACAGUCAGCAGGCACAGCUCCAGUGUGUCUGUCUCCGUCUGUGAGUCCAUUCGGCUUGUGUCUGUGGCGAACUUCACUUCAUCCUUACCAAGAUUCUCAAUGCCAGCCACCACAGGCACUCAACCCUCUGUGCGACCAGCUGCCUCUGUGCAUCCAACUGCCCCAGCACAACUAGCUGCCCCUUUACCACAGGUGCCUGGGAAAACAGGUAGUGAAUCUACAAACCCACCUUCAGACUCCACACAGGCAUCUCACCAUGCCAAAUCAGAAGCAUUCAUAGACCUGACAGAGGAGGAGGAUGAUGAUGAUGUUCUAGUUACUGGAGUGCUGAAGGCUCCGAUUGCUGUGAAGGCCUCACCCUCGCCUUCAACAGCGGGUCAGCGAACAACAGUCACACAGCAAACAGCCACCUCCACUUCAGUCGGAACACAGGCCGUGAGGUCAUCUCUUGGUCAGACUUCAGCUGUUGGAUCUCCGCAUGCUGUUUAUCAUCACCCCCUGCAGGGCUCCCCAUCUGAAAGUGUUGCCUCAGCCACAACCACUUCUUCAUCUUCCACACCUUGCCCCCAGCCCUCUCCCCUUCCCCCCUUGCCUGUCCCACCUCAAACUAUCAGCCUGCCCCUCGAAGCGGCCAGCACCAGCCCUCCACAACAGCCUCUGCUCAAAAUAACCCGGGUUCUGAGCCAGAAUGACGGCAUCGUGCUCUCCUGGUCUGUGACUGAGGUAGACAGGAGCUGUGCUGCCGUGGACAGCUACCACCUAUACGCCUACCACCAGGACCACUCUGGCCCCAGCACACCUCCCCUACUCUGGAAGAAGAUAGGGGAGGUGAAGGCUUUGGCUUUGCCCAUGGCCUGUACACUCACACAGUUUGUCUCUGGCUCCAAGUACUACUUUGCAGUCCGUGCCAGGGACGUGUUUGGCCGCUUUGGACCAUUCUGUGUGCCUCAGUGCACUGACGUCUUAACGUCCCCUUCACCGAAAGCUCCAAUUUAACCAAAUGUUAAGAUGUAAGUUAAUAUGUACAAUUUGUUGUGUAAAGUUAAAACGAGGAGAAAUGUUGAUUCUGUACAUUUUCUUUUCUUGCAAAGUUCAGUAAAGCUUCUCUGCAAAACUAAUUGCUCUAUUUUCAAAUGAAUGUGUUUGGUAUUUUUUAUCAGAAUUGUUCACUCAAAUCAUAUUUGAGCCCAGGUGUUUACAAGAGUGACUUAUCAUUGGAAUGUUACUGGAAAAUGUUGUUGCCCAUCUUGGUGAAAUCGGUUGGCCCCAUGUGACCACUGUCUGCCUGCCGUGUGUUUGACCACAUGGGAGCAGCAUUGUACCAAAAUGGUAUCUUUGACACAGGACGAGAGGAUUUGAAAAUCAAACCUGAAAUGGCCUGGUCCCGUUUCUGAACGAUUAUGGACAAAGUAUUAUUCUCCUAGUUUCCUGAAGGUAUUUGAAAACUCAAACUUUUCAUUGCAAUUGUCAGUCUAACUGAAAGAACAUACUAUGAAGGGCAGAAUGACCAUUAUAUUAUAUGGUAAUACACAGUAGUACUGCGUCUCAUGAGAAAUGAACCUGCUAAAGCCUAUGCGAUCUUUUCCUCCUGCUCAAUUUCUGCUAUUGUGAAGGACAUGUUCUACAAUUAAAUGAUACAUGAUCAA